GUGACCGCAUGAACACCCUCUGCUGACAGCAGUAAAUAUUGAGCUCACUGCGCCCUCUACCGGUUAGAAUUGCAAUAGAACUAUUCGCCGCGGUGAUCAGCUGUGAAUCAGCGGCUGGUGCUUGAUGCGUCCACUGGAACUUUAAAAUGCAGGCUCACGAGAUCAGAGCAGAAAAGCAACAUGGCUGAGUGAGGAUGAGACUACCCAGCUCUGUCCUUGUGUCGGUCUCUUUGUUUACGGCCGAGACGACGGCUGCUCUGUAUCUGAGCAGCACUUAUCGCUCCGCUGGUGAUCAGAUUUGGCAGUGUUUCACGCUCCUCUUCACGCUUGUGCCAUCCGUGCUGGUGCAGCUCACACUGAUCUUUAUUCACAGAGACCUGAGCAGAGACAGACCUCUAGUACUACUGCUUCAUAUAUUACAACUAGGACCAAUAAUAAGGUGCCUGGAUGCCUUCUGUAUCUAUGGCAGUGCUGGAAAGGUGGAGGAGCCAUAUGUCACCAUCACCCGUAAGAAGCAGAUACCCCGGGAAGGGCAGACCGAGGAGGUGGAGCAAGAAGUGGGACAGGCGGAGGGAAAGUUAGUUACGCACAGAGCUGCUUUCGCCAGGACCUCGGUCAUACAGGCCUUCCUGGGCUCUGCACCCCAGCUCACACUGCAGCUUUACAUCUGUGUGCUGCAGAGAGCAGUGUCCAUCGGUAGAGGCACAUUGAUGGUCAUUUCCCUUCUCUCAAUUGUAUAUGGAGCCCUACGCUGCAAUAUUCUCGCCAUAAAGAUACGCUAUGAUGAUUACGAAGUGUCCGUGCGUCCAUUGGCAUACCUGUGCGUGUUCCUGUGGCGAGGGUUCGAGAUCGCCACUCGCGUGACCGUGCUGGUCCUCUUCAGCUCAGUGCUGAAGGUGUGGGUGCUUCCGGUGGUAUCAGUCAACUUCGUCCUGUUCUUUCUUCGCCCGUGGGUUCUCUUCUGGAGCAGCCGUUCCCCGUUCCCGGAGAACAUCGAGAAGACGUUGACGCGUGUGGGGACCACCAUCGUCCUCUGCUUGCUGACAUUCCUGUACGCUGGAAUCAACGUGUUCUGCUGGUCCGCUGUUCAGCUCAGACUGGACGACCCCGAUCUGAUCGAUAAGGGUCAGGCAUGGAGGCGGGUGGCAGUGUAUUAUUCCCUCCGUUUUGUCGAAAACACUGUGCUGACUUUGAUGUGGUACGUCUACCGGACUGAAUUUUACCAAUGGGUGGAUGCUCCCGUGUUAGAAAUACUGCUGUUGUUGGGUUACGCCACCGCUGUGUUUUUUAUGUUGCUCUUUUACCAGUUCUGCCACCCUUGCAGGCAACUGUUCUCAUCCAGUCCAGCCCAGGGUUUUGGGGAGUGCUGUGGAUCUCUCUGCCUGCCAGGUGGGACUCUUUCCCAGCCAGGCUCCAUAAGGACCAAACCAGCAGGGAAAGACAUUGGAGACGAUCCACCCUGUGUUACCAAAGGGGACAUCGGGCAGAGUUUAUGUGGCACCGUAUGAGCAAAGCACAACUUAAAGGGAUAGUUCAUCCAAAAAUGAAAAUUUUGUCAUCAUUUACUCCUUUAUGGUGUUCCAAACCCAUAAGAUAUUGGUUAAUCUUCGAAACAUAAAGUAAGAUAUUUUUAAAGAAACCUUUAGAGGUUUCUGUCCCUCCAUUGAAAGUCCAAGUAACCAAAACAUAGAAGAUCCAAAAAGGUCAUAAAGGCAUCGUAAAACUAAUCUAUUUGAAUCGAGCGGUUUAAUCCAAGUCUUGUGAAGAGAUAUGAUCACUUUAUAUGAUUUAGGCUUUUGCUCACAUAUAAACACAAUACAUAGAGCGUAUCACAUAUGGUAAGAAGCUAGAACAAAUCUCAUUGGUUCUCGUGAGUGUUUGAAUCAUGUGAUGCAUGCACAAGCUUCUGUAUUUAUCAUAUGUUUUACUGUUUAGAUGUAAAUAAAAGCCUAAUUUAAAUGUGGUCAUCAUAUAAAGCGAUCGUAUCUCUUCACAAGACUUCGAUUAAACCUUUUGAUUUAUAUGGAUUCGUUUUACAAUGCCUUUAUGACCUUUUUGGAUGUUUUAAGUUUUGGUUAUCUGGACUGAAUGGAGGGACAGAAACCUUUCGAUGAUUAACCAGUUUUAUGGGUUUGGAACGACAUAAGGGUGAGUAAAUGAUGACAGAAAAACAUGCAGGUUUGGAAUAUGAGGGUGAAUAAAUCAUGACAGAAUUUGCGUUUGUUCAUGAACUAUCCCUUUAAAACAUUGUCAUGAAAUGCUUUAGGAGCAAAAGGGAGAAAUGAAAUUAAAAUGUUGUAUUUCUGCCUUUUACCAGUUAUGUUGGAAUGUAAGAGGCAACAUUUGUUGAACAGAUCUUCAGAUGAAGAUACUUUUUCUUGUUUGGUUUACAAAGCUCAUGAGCCAGCAUGGUCCACUGAAGUGCAUGUGAAAUUCCUUAAGAAGAUGAAACCGCUGCUUUUGUCAUGUGAUGUGGGAGCACUCUGUCCCCUUUUCGGUGUUGGUUUGAUUAAUGUUAUAGCUUCUACGCUCUCUCGAUGUCUGCAAUAUUUAAAGCAGAUUUAUUUAUAAGAUUGUAUUUGCUAAGUUAUAAGCUUUCGUUGGGCAUUGCUUUCUUGACAACCUCUCAGGUUCAUUAUUAGUACUUCUACCCCCGGUUUCACAGACAAGUUUUAAGUCUAGUCCUAGACUAAAAUGCAUGUUAGAGCUGUUUUAACUGAAAGCAACUUGCAUUGACAUGUUUUAAAAUAUGUCAGUGCCAUUGUUUUCUCUCAAGAUACACAGGAGUAAUGUUUUUUUUAAGGCACAUUUAUAAAAGUUACUUAAAUGCCCCAAUUCAACUAAGAUCUAAUCCUGGCUUAAUCUAAGCCCUGUCUGUGAAACUGGGCCUUAAAGGGUUAGUUCACCCAAAAAUGUAAAUUAUGUCAUUAAUUACUCACCCUCAUGUUGUUCCACACCCGUAAGACCUUCGUUCAUCUUCGGAACACAAAUUAGAGCGUGUAUCAAACUGCUAAAGUCACGUGAUUUCAGUAAAUGAGGCUUCGUUACGUCAUAAGUGUUUCGAAACAUUUUGAAAUUUCAAUUGUUCACGUGACUUUGGCAGUUUGAUACACGCUCCGAACCACUGAUUCGCAACAAAAGAUUUGUAAAGCUUCGAAGCUUCAUGAAGCAGUGUUUUGAAAUCGCCCAGCACUAGAUAUUGUUGAAUAAAGUCGUUAUUUUGUCUUUUUUGGUGCACAAAAAGCAUUCUCGGCACUUCAUAACAUUAAGGUUGAACCACUGUAGUCACAUGAACUAUUUUAAAUAUGUCUUCAGUACCUUUUUGGGUAUUUGAAAGUGUAAAUGAUCUUGCUGUCAAUGGAGGCCUCAAUGAGACAUCGAAUUUUAUCAAAAAUAUUUUAAUUUGUGUUCUGAAGAUGAACGAAAGUCUAAUUAGUGUGGAAUCACAUGAGGGUGAGUAAUUAAUGACAAAAUUUUCAUUUUUGGGUGAAAUAACCCUUUAAUACUUAUUUUAUGCUCAUACUUAAAAAGAAAAUAGUAAGACUGUGAAAUUAGUUCUGAUUGGUCAUAUGACAGUGUCCUAUCUUAUGACAACAUAUGGCCUAAAUUCAAGUAAUUGCCUGAAAAUGCUUUCAAAAUAUAAGGAUUCAUGAAUAGUAAAGAUUACAUUUGGGUUGCCAGGACCUUUAAAAUCCUGCAGAGAAUAAUUUAAUUGAUUGUUCCUUUCCUUUGUUUACACUCCUAUUUUGCACUCGUCUCAUCUGGGGACCUCUUUUGCACAUUGUUCUUAUUUUUCCUACAAAAAGUAUAAAAUGUCAUUCUUUUCAUAGAGGGCAGUCGAUGAUUGUAUUCUAACUAUACUGCCCCCCUGUGGGGAGUUGAAUGGAUUGAGUUAAUACAUUUUGCAAGACUGUGGUCAGGGUUGCAUCUGAAAAAACUUCUUUAAAACACAUCCAUAAACAUUGUAUAGAGCACAUCACUGCUUUCAAUAUGUGCAGCUGUCAGCUAAACCCAUAUAUAUAAAAAUAAAGGAGAAUGAUAUUUUGUCCAUGAAA